AUGAAGGAUAAAGGUAAAGUGUUUAUCGGUUACAAUAAACCUGCGGAGAUGAGUCUGAAAGUUGCUAUCAAUGUUAGAUCAAAAUUCUAUUCACCACAUCAAUCAUUAAGUCAACCGUUAGAACAACUGUUAAGUCAACUGGAACAUAUAACAUUUACAUCAACCGUUAGAUCAACCGUUAAAUUAACUGUUAGAUCAACUGUUAUAUCAACC